UGCGCCGUUGCCGCGGCGCAGCUCAGGUCGUGCCCGUCGGCCCCACGUCAGCUGCGCAGGCCCUGCGGCCCAGGUUUCUCCAGCUCGGCUGACGCAACGCUGGAGAGCCGGGACGUAGACGGAAGACACAGCUGAGGAGUAGCCGCUCGCAGCCCGAGUGCAGAGCGGGCCCGGGCGGGGGUCGGCGCGGCGGGCAGGUGCUUGGAUUCGUGACCACAUCUCAGCAUGUUGAGGCGAAUGUACCACUCCGGGUUCCAGGCCUUCAAGCACCGUCUUCUGCCGUGGCUCCAGUCCACAGCUGUCCCCAGAUCUCAUUGUGUCCAGCCUUCAACAAUCAGACAUGUUCGUUCUUGGAGCAACAUCCCUUUUAUCACAGUACCCCUCAGUCGUGCCCAUGGCAAGCCCUUUGCCCACCGCAGUGAGCUGAAGCAUGCCAAGAGAAUCGUGGUGAAACUGGGCAGUGCUGUGGUGACCCGAGGAGAUGAAUGUGGCCUGGCUCUAGGGCGCCUGGCAUCUAUUGUUGAGCAGGUCUCGGUGCUGCAGAAUCAGGGCAGAGAGAUGAUGCUGGUGACCAGUGGAGCUGUUGCCUUUGGCAAGCAGCGCUUACGUCAUGAGAUCCUCCUGUCUCAGAGCGUGCGGCAGGCCCUACACUCAGGGCAGAACCAGUUGAAAGAGAUGGCAGUUCCAGUUCUAGAGGCCCGUGCAUGUGCAGCAGCUGGACAGAGUGGGCUGAUGGCCUUAUAUGAAGCCAUGUUUACUCAGUACAGCAUCUGUGCUGCCCAGAUUUUGGUGACCAACUUGGAUUUCCAUGAUGAGCAGAAGCGCCGGAAUCUCAAUGGCACCCUUCAUGAGCUGCUGCGGAUGAACAUCGUUCCCAUCGUCAACACGAAUGAUGCCGUUGUCCCCCCAGCUGAGCCCAACAGUGAUCUCCAGGGGGUAAAUGUUAUUAGUGUUAAAGAUAACGAUAGCCUGGCUGCCCGUCUGGCUGUGGAAAUGAAAACUGACCUGUUGAUUGUUCUCUCAGAUGUAGAAGGCCUCUUUGACAGCCCCCCAGGCUCUGAUGAUGCAAAGCUCAUUGAUAUAUUUUAUCCUGGAGAUCAGCAGUCUGUGACAUUUGGAACCAAGUCUCGAGUGGGAUUGGGGGGCAUGGAAGCCAAGGUAAAAGCAGCCCUCUGGGCUUUGCAAGGUGGCACAUCUGUUGUCAUUGCCAAUGGAACCCACCCAAAGGUGUCUGGGCACGUCAUCACAGACAUUGUAGAGGGAAAGAAAGUUGGUACCUUCUUCUCAGAAGUAAAGCCUGCUGGCCCUACAGUGGAGCAGCAGGGAGAGAUGGCCCGAUCUGGAGGAAGGAUGUUGGCCACAUUGGAACCUGAACAGAGAGCAGAAAUUAUCCAUCAUCUGGCCGAUCUGCUGACGGACCAGCGGGAAGAGAUCCUGUUAGCCAACAAAAAAGACUUGGAGGAGGCAGAGGGGAGACUUGCAGCCCCUCUGCUGAAGCGCUUGAACCUCUCCACAUCUAAACUGAACAGCCUGGCUAUCGGGCUGCGGCAGAUCGCAGCCUCCUCGCAGGACAGUGUGGGCCGUGUUCUGCGCCGGACUCGGAUUGCCAAAAACCUGGAGCUGGAGCAAGUGACUGUCCCAAUUGGAGUUCUACUGGUGAUCUUUGAAUCUCGCCCUGACUGUCUACCCCAGGUGGCAGCCUUGGCUAUUGCAAGUGGUAAUGGUUUGUUGCUCAAAGGAGGGAAGGAGGCUGCACACAGCAACCGCAUUCUUCAUCUGCUAACCCAGGAGGCCCUGUCCAUCCAUGGAGUCAAGGAUGCCAUCCAGCUGGUCAAUACAAGAGAAGAAGUUGAAGAUCUCUGCCGCCUUGACAAAAUAAUAGAUCUAAUCAUUCCUCGAGGCUCUUCCCAGCUGGUCAGAGACAUCCAGAAAGCUGCCAAGGGGAUCCCAGUGAUGGGACAUAGCGAAGGGAUCUGCCACAUGUAUGUGGAUUCAGAGGCCAGUGUGGACAAGGUCACCAGACUCGUCAGAGACUCUAAGUGUGAAUAUCCAGCUGCCUGUAAUGCAUUGGAGACUUUGCUAAUCCACCGGGAUCUGCUGAGAACACCAUUGUUUGACCAGAUCAUUGAUAUGCUGAGAGUGGAACAGGUAAAAAUUCACGCAGGUCCCAAGUUUGCCUCCUAUCUGACCUUCAGCCCCUCAGAAGUGAAGUCACUCCGAACAGAGUAUGGAGACCUGGAAGUAUGCAUUGAAGUGGUGGACAGUGUCCAGGAAGCCAUUGAGCACAUCCAUAAGUACGGCAGCUCCCACACAGACGUCAUUGUCACAGAGAAUGAGAGAACAGCAGAGUUCUUCCUCCAGCAUGUAGACAGUGCCUGUGUGUUCUGGAAUGCCAGCACUCGCUUCUCUGAUGGCUACCGCUUUGGAUUGGGAGCUGAAGUAGGAAUCAGUACAUCACGAAUCCACGCCCGGGGACCAGUAGGACUUGAGGGGCUGCUAACAACGAAGUGGCUACUUCGAGGACAAGACCACGUAGUCUCAGACUUCUCAGAGCAUGGCAGUUUAAAAUACCUUCAUGAGAACCUCCCUGUCCCCCAGAGAAAUUUCAGCUGAGAGCUCCCACAAGUCAGGACUGUUCCCACAAUUAAGCUAGUCAGGGAUCUCCAAGGAGAAACCUGAGCUGGUCCCCCACCUCUUGGAAGGGUCUGUGUUUUGGAAAGUGCACCUAGGUACUUCUGGCUUAAUUCAGUAAUUUCAGUCUUGCUAACGUUCAUAUUCCAAUCCUGUGUGUCUGUCUGUGUCUGUCUGUCUGUCUGUCUAUCUGUCUUGUCUGUCUGUUACUGGGGCCAAACCUAGACCUCAUUCAUGCGCGGCAAGGGCUCUACCAUUUGGGCUGUCUCCCUAACCCUGCAUUCCAAUCUUAAAAUAAUUGCUGCAGGUGGAGGCUUUGCUUUACUUUGCCCAAGCCCAGUCUCACCAAUGGUAGAAACUAAAGGACUGUUUCCCAUAUCGAGGCAGGGGAAAUUCCUGACUGAUCAGAUGGGCUCAGUGAGGUAAGAGUCCCUUGGCAUUGAUUGGAACUCUCCUGCCUUACCUAGUGAGUCUCCACAUUUAUCUUAUUUCUUCUACACAUCUUCAAAGGGAGAGAUUUGGGUUGGGGACAGCUCUUACUUAGCAUUCUCUUCAGAAAAAGUGCCCAAAAUGAAUUUACCUAUGUCCACUGGGAUGAUUGGCCUUUGUGAAAUUAUAGUGCCUCCCAGACAACCUGCAGCCUAUCCCAGGUCAGGGGACACACAGUACCUUUGAUGUAGUUGGAAUCUGAGCCUCAGAUAGGAGGUACAAGUUUGAGGGCAUUCCAACUGAGGGGACUAUCUACAAUUAUGCGUGAACUUUUUUUUUUUUUUUCUGUCUUUUUGAGACGGUCUCCCUGUAGCCCCAGCUGUCCGGGAACUCACUAUGUAGACCAGGCUGGCCUUGAACUCGCAGAGAUCCGCCUGCCUCCCAAGUGCUGGGAUUAAAGGCGUGCGCCACCGUGCCCAGCUAAUGCCUGAACUUUUUAUAUGAAUCAUUUGUCAUCCUGUCCUUGACCUCCAGAACAAAGAUUAGAGGAUUAUUUUAAUACUUUGGAUUCUUUCUCUCUUUUUUGAGAAAUAAAGUUCUUAUGAAAAGCCUGUG